AUGACCAUCGCUACAGAAAACGUCUGCCCCCGCGAGAUCCCUCAGCCUUGGCGCGAGACCCCUCUCGUCGAGAGCCCUGCCUUAUCACGUAUCGCAGGAUGCCAGAUUUACCUGAAGCUGGACAACCUCCAACCCAGUGGGAGCUUCAAGUCUCGAGGUAUCGGAAACCUCGUGCGCUCCUCGAUCCUUUCCAGCCCUCCCAACGCCCCCCUUCACUUCUACGCCCCGUCGGGCGGCAACGCCGGCCUCGCAUGUGUCACAUCAGCCCAUUCCCUCGGGUAUCCCUCCACCAUCGUCGUCCCCACCACCACACCCCAGCUCAUGAUCGACCGCCUCCUCACCGCCGGUGCCACCCAAGUCAUCCCGCACGGUGCAAACAUCUACGAAGCAGAUUUGUACCUCAAGCAAGAGCUCUUGGCGCACGACGACUAUGGGGUCUAUAUCUCGCCUUUCGACCAUCCUGAUAUCUGGGAAGGUGCAGAGAGCGUUGCGAACGAGGUCGUAGGGCAGUUGGGUGAGAAACCGGAUGGGAUCGUGUGUUCGGUCGGAGGCGGGGGUCUGAUGAUUGGUAUCUCCCAAGGCUUCGACAAGAUCUGGCUCAAGGGGCAGGAACCCAAAGGGACCAAGAUCAUCGCCGUCGAGACGCGAGGUGCAGACUCGUUGAACCAAUCUCUCCUGCACAACACUCACCUUGCCUUGCCUGGUAUCACGUCGAUCGCCACAUCCCUUGGCUGUGUCCGUGUUGCGUCGCGUGCGUUUGAAUUGGCGACUACCAACCCCAACAUUGCGAGUAUGUUGGUGUCUGACAAGGAGGCUGUCGAUGCCUGCUUGAGGUUUUUGGACGAUGAGCGAAUCUUGGUCGAGCCUGCUUGUGGGGCGACAUUGGCAUUGGUAUAUAGCGGGAGACUGGGGCAAGUCAUGGAUGUAGACCAAAACAAAAAGGUGGUGCUCGUUGUCUGUGGGGGGUCCAACAUCAGCUUGGAGAUGCUGGGCGUAUUCAAAGAGAAAUUCGGCUUGUGA